AUGUAUUCUCAAAACCCCAUGUAUGAAACUGGGGUUUUGCCUUCCAUACGGAAGUUUCUUGAUGAACUAGACGUAUCUAAACAUGAUUGGAAAGAUAAAGCUGAAAGAUGGUUCUUGUCCACAUUAUUGCGUGAAAUUGAUAAAAAAGACAAACCACUGAAAAGAGUUCCAUUGUUUUCUGUCGGUGAUGAAGAUAUUGAUAAUGAUAAUGACUCAAGUUCUGAUAGCACUGAACAGAAAUCAGAGAAAGUUUUGAUCGAUGUUCAAACCCAAUGUAAUUUCGAUGAAGUUGUUCAAGUCACAGUUACUGAAGAUGGAACCCUAGAUGAUAUCUCUAAAGCAUGGAAAAAUGGCAGUGAAGUAAGACCUGGAGAUGCCCUACGUCUCCUUAAUCGGGGAAUGGCGAAAAGCCGCGAACUAGAAUCUCAUUUCGAUCCAGAGACUGCAGUGUCCAUUAGGAGGGCGUUUGUAGGGCGUGAUGUAUCAUUCAGAAGUUUACCAUAUACAGGAUUUGAGUAUAAAUAUGUUACUAACACGUGUUGCGAAAACGUUAUAGGGUUCGUACCUAUUCCUGUCGGUGUAGCAGGGCCGCUUCGAAUCAUGACUCGGAAAGGUCCCAAAUCGCUCCAUGUUCCGAUGGCCACAACGGAAGGAGCUCUGAUUGCUAGUACUAACAGAGGAUGCAGUGCAAUUUCUAAGUCCGGAGGUGUUUGUGCCAUCGUUCAUGAUGAUAAAAUGACGAGGGCUCCCAUCGUCAAAUUUCCCAACCUAGUUGAAACCAUCAAUUUCAAAACAUGGUUGGACGACACAGAGAAUUAUAAUAAAGUAAAAGAAGUUUUUGAUUCAACUAGUCGUUACGCUAGCCUAUGUAAAAUAGACGUUGCCUUGAACGGUAAUCAGGCAUUUGUACGUUUCAGUGCAAAAACCGGAGAUGCAAUGGGUAUGAACAUGGUGUCCAAAGCGUGUUCUUCAGCUAUAAAAGCAUUGAAAGAUCUAUUUCCCAACAUGGAAAUACUAUCGCUCAGUGGGAAUUACUGCGUUGACAAAAAAUCAUCUGCAAUCAAUUGGGUUAAUGGACGUGGUCGAUCAGUUGUUGCCGAAUGUGUUUUGCCUAGAGAAGUGGUGAAAAGCGUGUUAAAAACGACACCCGCAGAAAUGGCUUACGUAGCAUCCGGAAAGUUACAGCAUGGCUCAGCUAUGGCUGGAUGCUUGGGAGGGAACAAUGCUCACGCAGCUAAUAUAGUUGCAGCUAUUUUCUUGGCCACUGGACAGGAUGCUGCUCAAGUAGUUUCAUCAUCUAUGUGUUCAACGAGAAUGGAAGUGAAUGAAGAAGGGAAUUUAUACGUUUCGUGUAGUAUGCCCUGUGUGGAAGUAGGAACAGUUGGCGGUGGAACAAUCCUCCCUCCGCAGAAUGAAUGUCUCCAGCUACUUUCAUGUGCCGGACCGUCCGUAGAUAUAGCCGGAUCUAACGCCUCCUUCCUAGCUGAAGUAAUAGCGGCGACUGUAUUAGCCGGAGAGCUGAGUUUGAUGGCCGCUUUGGUUAAGGAUGAACUUGUGUCAAGUCAUAUGAAACUUAAUCGAUCCACAUUGAAGCUUUACAACCUUGAAACUCCUUCUCUACCUGCUAUGCCUCUCUUUAAACAGUCACAACCAGGAGAUUACUUCAGAGCCAGGAAGAAGAGCGAGAGAGCACACUGUUCAAAUAUUUUGUAA